AUGUGUAGCCAAGCAAGCAAACACCGAUCGGCCAUGAAGAUGGAGAGCACCCCUGCAGCUUCCGUACUGCUCUUCCUCCUCCUCGCCGGCGACGGCGACACCACCAUUCGUCUCCCCGGGAACGACAGCGAAACCCACGUCGGAGCAGCUGCACGGGCAGGCAGACGACCUUGGGAUUGCUGCGACGCCAUCGAGAUCAACCCAGCGCCGCCGACCAACCCGCCGUGGUACAUCUGCCACGACGUGGUGGAGCAGUGCUCCCCGUUCUGCCAUGACUGCCAGGCGGUGCCGUCGCGGCCGUUCCCGGGGGAGCUCUACCUCUGCAACGACUGGCACCAGACCAGCGACCCGGGCCCGUCGUGCACGGGGCCGGCGGGGAGGCCGUCCGACAUCAUGUUCGUCCCGCCGCUGUACCGCUGCGAGGACGUGGUGAACCAGUGCUCGCCGUCCUGCCAUGACUGCCAGGAGCUGGUGCCGGGGGCCGGCUUCCCGCGGGGGCGCUUCGUCUGCAACGACUGGUACAGCACCGACGACCCGGGCCCCGUGUGCACGGAGCGGCCAUGGGGGGCUUACUGCGACAGGAAGAGCAUCCCGACGUGCCACUGCGCCGACGAGGUGCAGUCGUGCGCCGCCGCGUGCAGGCAGUGCGAGAUGGUGGAGUCGUGGUCGUGGCAUCCUCUCUUCGUCUGCCACGACAGGUUCACCGGAUUAACAGGGCGCAGGUGCACUCCUGACACGCGCAACAGCUAAGAACUAUAGCAACUACUAAAAAGCUAGCUGAGCUACCUGAUCAACUUGUGAUUAUGAUGAUGAUGAAUAAAAAAUU